GACGACGCGGACUGAGACCACGGAUUCGAAAAUCGAACACAAAUCGCGUUCCAAAAAAGAAUAAAUUUAAAAUUUUGAAAUUGCGAAUUCUGUGUUGACUGUGAGUGAGUGAGUUCACUCUAGUGAGUGAGUGAGUGACCCAUGCGCGCCAUUUUCACUUUCUAAGGGACGGGACACAUUGAAGAUGACUCCCGUACACAUACGACCGUGUGCCAUAUUAUGGCUGCUCUGUAUCGCAUAUGUCGCCGCAGAGUCCGCAGACCAGAAUACAACCACCACCAAAGCCAUCAGAACCACCAUACUACCAUCUAGAACCACCAGGACAGAACUUAAAGUGUCCCGCAGCCUCAACCCACAUGACACACAAACGGUCAACGUGAAGACGAGGCAAGGGCACAUGACACAACUCAUUGUCAAGAAAAAAGACAAGUCUACAACGCUACAUGCAAGCACUACUGUAGCACCGACUACAGCGUCUUUAAAAUCUACCACAAUAAUGCUAAAUUUCACAGAAGAAAACAAAAACAAAACAGAGUCUAGAGACCAGAGAAAAUUAAACUUCGUCGGGACACUCAAUAGUGAUUUAGCUGGUUACGAUUACUAUUCGAACAGAAAUAAAAAUCCCGAAGAACUCAGCAACAUCAAGGCAGAAUACGGUAAUUGGUCCCCAGUAUCUGUAUACCCAGAAUCUCACAUCCAAGAAGAUGGAGGCAAACCUGAAACCGACCCGGAAACAUCCAGUUACUAUCCCACUUAUGAUAAUGAGAAAAGAACUGAAAAUAAAAAAGUGUACAUCACAUCUACAAGCUUUCUAGAUUAUGGAGCCCCAAUUAAAAACUACAGGUUUGAUCCCCAUAAUCCGGUCAUCAAAAAUGACAGAAACCCAGUAUACAUUGAAGUCGUGAGCACUAAAGUAGCUGAUGGAGAAGAAAAAUCUUUUAAAAUUCCUGAGCCAGUCAUGGUUAGUUCAGAACCGAUGUACUUAAAAAAGGCAAUAGAAAAAUUUAAUAAUAAAAGAGGACGAUCAAUUUUGACUUUGGGUGACGACGGCAUUCCAGAAAUCCAAGGGGUCAGAAUGCCCGACGAUGAAUCUGACAAGAAAACUUGGCGCAACGCACGUGUAGUCAAUGGAGAAUUGAUGCCUUAUCCGGAGGGCUACAAACCCGCCAAGGCAAUCCCUGAAGCGGAUGUCUACCCCGACGUCACAGCGGCGGAACCCGAGCAAAAUUUCGGUCCCUUCACAAAAGACGACAACUUCGAACCCAAAGACGGGCCUUUCACCAAGUUUGAUAACAUCAAAUACGAUUACGACGACAACAUCGGGCCAUACAUGACGAGUGACAACCCGAUGUAUGGGUAUAAACACAAAAAAGACAGCCUUCUGAAGUCGGGCUACGGUCCUUUCACCAAGGCCGAUAAUUCGAAAGUAGCGAACUCGAAAUUGAUCGAGUAUAUUAAACAGAUAAAUGAACAGGAACUGAAACGCGACUACUUUAGUGGCCGAAGUUCGAGGGCGCACAAUGGCGGGGACAUGGAAUACUCGGAGAGCCAUAUCCAGAGGCGAAUGCUGCAACACCCCGGCGAGGUCAACUUUCCAAACUCCGUAAUGUACACGCCCAAAAACGCCAAGCCGAGUUUCGACGAAAGCGUACGCAAUCCGGUCCUGCAAUACGCGCAUCCCGAACUUGGCAUUCAGCCAGCCAAGGCCACCAAUGGAGAAAAUAAUGAACGUAAAGUAAAAUAUUAUACUACCAACGUGCCUAAAAGCGCACAUCCUUACCCGAUAGAACCAGUGAACGGCUACGGACAGCAACGAUCACAAAGCCCAAACAGGUACUACGAGGAUGAAUAUAAAAAGUUCUCCUACUACGAAAACAACCGCCCUAACUAUCAAUACAGCUACAUCAAACGAGUUCAAGAGCCGUCACUUUGGAAAAAGUUUACGGACUCCAUGAAAGACACUAUCAACACAGCCAGUCAGACAGUUCAACAACUUACAAGGCCCAUUAUUGACCCUAUUGCAAAAGUGACUCAACCUGUCAUCGACCCGUUAGUUGAAGCUACGCAUAAAAUUUCUCACAACCUUGGCUUGUACCCGUCUAAUUCUAUUCAGACGCAAAGAUAUGCGCAGGAUAAGAUGGGUGUUGCAGCAGCGGUAUCCAGCGCACCAGCUAUGCUGCCAGCUAUCGGUCUGAUGGCUGGAGGAGCAGCUUUAGGAUUAGGCGCUGUCGCCAUGGGUAGAUUUUUAGACGUGAACCUAAUGCGUAGUGCAGGCCUCAGCGAGGAAGAAAUUGAAGACGAAAUCGAAAAGGAACACAAAAGGUCUUUCGGCGCCGUGCCUUACGACAUCGACAGACAAAUCAUUAGUAAUCAAAAAGUGUUCGAGGACAAUUACAAAAUGCCAAGUGAAAAUGUGUAUGUAGUGAUGUCGCCAGAAGGCAGUCGUGCGAAGCGAGAGGUUCCCUGGGACGCUAGUCAAGUUGCGCUGAAGAGAGUGAAGAGGAGGUAUCGUAGGUCAUUGUCGGAGAUGGACGAUGACCUCCAGCACAUCGACGGCAGUCGGCCGGCGUCGUCGUUGACGUCGGCUGCCUUGGACCUGGUGAAGCAGACUGACUGGCGCGACUCACAGUGCGCUAAGUUGACGUUCUGCAAAGUCCUGACGUCGCAGCCGUCUGAUUCUCUCUUCGUGAUGGAGAAGAAGAUGGAGGCAUUACUAAAAAUGAUCUCUCGUGGCGGCAGCAGCAGCGCGUCAUCCGUGGCGCAUCAGCUCGGGGACGUCAUGGCCGCCAGCCGGGACCACGACUGCGGCCGCUUCCAUUGCGACGCGCACUGAUACGGAACCCUCCUCUCCAUUGUGAUGCCAACAUUUCUUACAGAAUCGAUAUUUACACUGAUGCUUAAUAUAUGGCGCUGUGUAAUUAUAUACAUCGCGCAAGCAAAGUUUGCCAGCUCUGGAUAGAAAUUUACUAUUAAAUAGCAUGAGUUUCUCAGAAGCUGCGUAGUGCUUAAAUCAAAGUAAAGGCCUAAUAUAUUCUAUAUUCCUAUGACGUCACUAUAUAUUUUUAGAUCUUAUCUAUUCAAGAUGCUUGAAUGACGCAAUGUAAUGCAAUUUUUUAUUUUUAAUAACAUUAAGUAGGAUAUAGAUAAGCCGGCCUGAUUUCCUAGGAAAUUACCAGUGGCAAACCGCCCAUAAGUAGUAAUUCGCUUACUAAUAUGUCAAAAAGUAUAGUUAAUCCGAAUAUUAUGAUAUAUAGAUAUAUGAUAAGGACAAAAAGUACCUACGUAAAGCACCUAUAAAUUAGCAGUAAAUUCAAGGCAUCUUUUGGAAGGGAAAAAUAUCGCAUCGCGUGUGAAAUUUCAUUGAAUUGAUGAAAACAGGGAUGUACCAUAGUGUUUGCUCAUAAUCACUGCCAGUGUAAACGACCUUUUCCUAGCUAUAUUUUUUAAAUUGUUUAUGGUAUAUUAUACUUGAUAAAUGGAGGCCGGUGGUUUCCUAAUUUCAUGAAAGUAAAAUUUACUAGAAAGCGCUACGAAAGAAGGUCUGAGGAACUAUUAAUAAUAGAUCAGCCACAUUGUUUUCUUGUUGUUUUCAGUAACUGUAAACGCCAUCUCUGUGGACUUCUUUCAUGGAUGUUAUAUAAAAUCCUUACAUUUUUAAUAUACAGUCCAUACCACGAAAGAUGUCCCGCACACGUGCCGCUACUGUCGCUAAAAACAACAACAAUAAUAUACAGAUUACAAUUAAUCUGGAAAGUAAAUAAUGUAUUGAAAAACGUGAUAAAUAACAAUAUCGUGAUAUAUAUCAGAAUGUAUAUGAUGAUUCAAACAAUAGCAUAUAAUUUGCUGUAUGUUAACAAGGCACGAUUUUACUGUUAAGGUGGUGAGAACUGCUAAUCAUGAUUAUAACAGUACUAGCUUUUGCUCGCGGCUGCGACCUGCGUCAGUUUCCUACGUGAACAGUUCUUUUUUUUCGGGAUAUAAUUAGCCUAUGUCUUUCUCCGUACUCCUAACUAUAUGUGUGCAAAUUUUCAAGACGAUUGGUUGAAUACAUAGUGUGAAGAGGUAACGAACAAUCUUACUUUCGCUUUUAUAAUGUUAGGAUAUUGACUUUAAUUAUUUUGUAAGCCCAGUGUCGCCUCGUAAUGUGGUACUUCGAAUUCAAUCAAUUUAAUUUGCUUUAACUCAUUAUCCAGUUGAUUAUUUUGAUUUGCAUUUUACUUAAUUCUUCAAAUCACUAAACAUUUCACACAAUAGUUACAGAUUUGAAAAUACUUAUAUAUUUUUUAUUUAUUGUUAGAUUCUGUAUGUAUUUAUAAUUACGUUUAUAAUUACACAUAUAAUUUAAGAAACGGUGGAAUAUGUUGCCUUCUUUAUUUGGCGUGGCGUCUGUGGAAAGAUGCAUAUAUACUUAUUUUAGUUUUAAGAAAAAUGAUGCAUCUUUUUUAUACGCAGUAACGGACGAGUUCCACAUAAUAUAAGUAGUAUGUUUUCUUGGAUAACAGCGGUAAUAUUCAGCAUCUGAAUACUAUUUAAUAAUAUUUAUUUAUUUAAGAAAUAUUACUCAAAAGCCUUCCAGCUCCGUUUUGGUUGGUUUGAUUCCGUAAACAAUGUGUUUUAAAAUUUAAAACAAGAUUUAAUACUAAUAUUUUUUUAAAGUCCACACUUUUCAUGUUAUUUUAUUCAAAACAUUAAAAAGGUAUUUUUCGGUAUGGUUUCCACAAUUUUUGAAGUAUUUAUAUGUAUUUUUGAAAUACUCUAGACUUAAGUUAUAUGGGUUAGGCGAGACAUCGACAAUAUUAUGCUUUAGAUAUUUCGGUUAAAAUUUAUUUUGUGUGCAUUGGCACUAGAGAUCAGGGCAAGUCCCUAUUCAUAUAAAAUCAUUAUCUAUUGCGUGGCUAAAUAAAAAUACGUUUUGUGCUAACGAAUAUAAGAUUUACGAUUUCAAAAAUAUUAAUAAAUCCUUUUUUGAUCAAUUGUUACCAAAUACUUUGUAUUCAUAUAUUAAUUAAUUAAUUGAUUGUACAGUCGAGGGCAGAUAAUGCUGACCUCUCUGUGUCACUAAGUUGGAGAGUUCAAGUUUAUCUACCCACUGCAGUACUUUUAACAUUGAUUAUUAUUGUUUAGGUGCAUAUCUUCGUUUCUAUAUAACUCCAAAGUGAAUAAACUUAUUUUUAAAGCUAUUUAAUAAAAGACGUAACUUAUAUGAAUUCUGACAAACUGUCAUUUCUAACUUAAACAAAAUAUUUAUUUAAAUUAUAUUAGAACGCGUUGGAAGUUGUAAAUAUGCUUGAAAGGAAUGUAAAUUAUUUAUUUAUUUUUUUUACAAUUAAAAGCUAAUUAAUUAAAAUUUCGUUUACC